AUGACCUCUUUAGCCGGCUGGCCAGACGACGUCCUCCUCAGACUGGGGCAAGAGUUGGACAUCUGCGACCUCAUAAGUUUUCUGGCAACGUGUCGCGCCUUGCGCGCGCUACAGGACUACCGCACUCUUUGGAUUACCGCAGUUCACCGUAUCCGCUACACCCAACUGCACCCGCUUCCCCUUGCCCAGAACGAGAGUAUAUCGAGUCUGCCACUCGCCCGGCUCCAAAUACUGGCGCGCCAGACGAACCGGCUGCUUCGGAACUGGCACUCCGACGCGCCGCGUCCGGCCUGGACACGCUCUUUCUCCAUAGGACAGGGGCCUAUAUUUUGCAUUCCUGGCACAUACCUCGUGGCCACCCUCCCACACCUUCUCGUCGUCGUCGUCGCCGACCCGUGUAUGAGUGUUGAGGGACGAGCAAUGCUGGGAGGCACGGUGCGUCUGCCCGACAACGGGAUCAUGCCCAGCCUCGCUGUGAUUGUACUCGACUUCGCCGAUAAUACCAAUAUCCGUUUCGACGCGUUUAUAUCUCCCCCAAUUAGCAUAGCUUCGCAAAACCCCGCCAAUUUCUUCCUCAACGACAAGCUUAUUGGGUUUACCACAGGCCGGGCCUUCUACUACUGGAAAUUUGACCGGGAAUCGGCAGUACGAGGCAUCCCCAACCCAUGGAGCAGCAUGCUUUACGAAGGCCAACUGGAUACACAGUCCAUAUCCGUUCAUACACAGUCUAUAUCCGUUCACGUCUCCUCGGACGGUCUCCUGCGCCUACGCAUGUUCAGCAUAACCUCUGGUGGAGAUGCCAUCGUGGACAGCAUUGCCCUCGACGUCGAUUCGCACUCUGUCGACCCCGCUUCCGGCAGUCAGUUGAUCCUGUUGAGCGAAGAAGAGCGGGAGGCAUGUCUCCGCCACAACCUCAACACCAACCGCAUGUGGCACUUCUCUCCCCUGGUCGUCCGCCCCGACUAUGGCGUCUAUGGCGUCUCCCGGCGCGGUUUCAACGCCGACAGAGAUGGCCCCACAUUCUCCUUCACGCAUUUCUGGCCCGCACCCCUCUCCGGCUGCAGCAGCGCUGAAGGCUGUGAAACGGCGGACCCGACGUCCCAGACGAGCGACUCCGGGCCGCAUGCCCCGCGCCCACGGUCGGUAUGCCAUAUCCACCCCUCGAAGCUGCUUGCGCAUGCGACGGGUGUGUCCGGGCGAUAUGUCCUGCAGGUUGUUGCCCAUCCCGACGGCCCGAGCUACACAUGGCGCAAGACUAGCGACAGACAGCUCGCGCUCGUGUUUCUUGACUCUGAUGGUGAAUGCCAGUUCCGGGAACUGCAUUUCGAGGGUGAGGCGGCGCGCUGCCUGGACGCCGACCGCGGUCCUCCUCAAGGGUUGGCGUUGGAUGAGACAUUGGGGCUCGUUAUGGUCCUCGAUCGAGCCGGCAUGCUUACUGUAGCAUCUUACAUGUAA